CUCACACCCUCAUCCACACCCACACCCCACCCACAUCCACACCCAUUUGGAGCUAAUCAAUAUUCUUUCUCAAUAUAACGGGAUAAUUUUAUGUAGGUUAUGAAACGGACGAGAAGGUGCUCUGUGUUUUUAAAACUGAGUUUUAAAUUCACGAGAAAGCAUUCGACAAUUAGGAGAACGAUAGAGAACGCGUUCUUUUCUCCCUAAGAAUGAUGUUGGAUUGUCUGGAACGCGUUCAUCAGUUCGAAGAAUCCAUUCUCAAGUAUUUCUUGAGAGAAGGUCAAAGAAAGCAUUCUCAUUUUGAUGGAAUCCGAUCCUGACCGUUCCAAAAAUGAACGGUUCAGAAAGCUUUCUCUUCAGAUGAAGAAUGAUUUUGAACCGAGAAGAAACCAUCCCAUAAAAAACGUGGAACGACAAAAAAUGCGUUCCUUCAGAUGCAUAACUUAUUCUUGUCGCUCAUGAACGCAUUGGCCAAACUAUAGAACGUGUUCUUCAUGGGAAAGGUAACUUUCCAUGUUUUGCUGAAUGCGUUUACUUCCUUUUUUUUCCAUGAUUGUUUUUCACUGGGAAUUUAGAAUGGUUUCAAUAGUAUUCUGAAUCCAGAAGUUUAAUUAAGCGACAUAUACAUUGGUUUUAGCUUUUUUGAACUAAAGAAACUUUAUUUUUGUGUUAAUAGAAAACAUUAGAACAAACCGAAAAAGUUCGUCAUGUCAUAUAUUUUCCUGCUGUUGCUAAACAAUUAUCAGUCAAAGUACCAUAAGACAAAAAUAAUAUUCAAUUUAUUCCAUUAAAUAAAUUAGAAGAACAAGGAACAAAUACAAAUAUUGGUAGUUUCUCCUUUGCUUGAUUAUUUUUCUUGAUUUCAUUUCUUCUUUUAUUUAUCAGAUAAAGCAACAUUAAAUAAACGACCAGGAAAACAAGAUAUUGUAGUUAUUAUUUACACAAGUGGAAGUACUCGAACGCCAAAAGGUGUAUUAAUAAAACAUGAAAAUGUUAUUGCUGCCAUGACUGGUCAAAAAGAACGUGUCUUUACAAUGGUUGAUCUUGAAAAUGAUAUCUAUAUUGCUUAUUUACCAUUAGCUCAUAUUCUUGAACUUUGCUGCGAAAUUUUAAUAUUUUUCAUGGGUAUUAAAUGUGGUUAUUCAUCUCCUCAAACCUUAACAGGUCAAUCCACAGCUAUAAAACGUGGCCAAAAAGAUGAUUUACAAGUUCUUCGUCCACAUUUAAUGACUUGUGUACCUACAAUUCUUGAUCGUAUUCAUAAAGCAGUUAAUGAAAAAAUUAAUCAAUCAAAUUUUGUCACACGUCAAUUAUUUUAUUUAUCAUAUAAAAUCAAAGUUAAACGUUUAGAAAUUGGUCUUGACAAAUUAGUAUUUUCUCGUUUUAAUCAAUUGAUUCUUGGUGGUCGAGUUAAAACAAUGUUAUGUGGUGGAGCUGUUCUCAGUGAAGAUACUCAACGUUUUGUACAAGCAGCACUUUGUGUAACACUUUUUCAGGGCAAUAGUCUUACAGAAACAUGUGCCGGAGGAACAAUUGCUGAUCACUUUGAUAUAACAGUUGGUCGCGCUGGAUAUCCACUUGUUUCAUGUGAAAUUUGUUUAGUUGAUUGGGAUGAGGGUCAUUAUAAAAAUACAAAUAAACCAAAUCCACGAGGAGAAAUUUUUAUUGAAGGAAAAGUUGUUGCUAAUGGAUAUUUUGGUAACACAUCGAAAAAAGAAAAUGAAAAUUUUAAAGAAAUUAAUAGAACAAGAUAUUUUUGUACAAGUGAUAUUGGAGAAUUCUUUCCUGAUGAAACACUUCAAAUUAUCGGUUUAGUUAAAAAUUUUAUUUCUAUUAUUAUUAAUUACAAUAAUUUAGAUCGAAAGAAAGAUUUAGUUAAAUGA